CAAUUGACCUCACCACUGGAGCUAGCACCCCCUGUGGGUGGAUCGGACCGGUGCUGAUCGUCCACGACCUCGAGACGCUUCCCCAUCGAUUGCACGCAUCCGCAUCCGCAUCCGCAUCCGCAUCCACAUCCACAUCCCCAAUCCGCACCCGGACAUUCCAUCUGGCGAGCUCCUCCCGGCAGCAGCGAUCGCCAUGAAGUUCGGCGAGCAACUACGGUCGAGCGUGAUCCGAGAGUACCAAUGGUACUACAUCGACUACGACGGCCUCAAGGCAGAUCUCAAGCAGCCAAGCGGGCGCAUCCUGCCCCCCGGCGACGAGCGCGCGAGGCCCGGUAAGCAGCUGAGCCGUGAGUGGACCGAGGAGGAUGAGAGCCGCUUCGUCAGCAAGCUCGAGGCCGAGCUCGACAAGGUGCAUGCCAAGCAGCAGGUCAAGGCGAUGGAGAUCUCCCGCCGCAUCGCCGUCAGCGAGCGCGAGGUCCGCGACGUCGUCAACCGCCUGAACGAGCGCGGCCUCGGCCAGGAAGGCCCCACCGAGGAGGAGUUCAUGCUGCUCGAGGAGGACCUGAGCGACAUCAUCGCCGACGUCCACGACCUCGCCAAGUUCGUGCAGCUCAACUACACGGGCUUCUACAAGAUCAUCAAGAAACAUGACAAAAUGACCGGGUGGCACCUCAGGCCUGUCUUCGACACUCGGCUCAAGGCGAAGCCGUUCUAUAAGGAGAAUUACGACGCCUCGGUGGUCAAGCUCUCCAAGCUCUACGACCUCGUCCGAACGAGAGGAAAUCCCGCCAAGGGCGACAGCGCGGCCGGAGGGAGCCAGGCCAACUUCAUCCGCCACACGACCAAAUACUGGGUGCAUCCCGACAACGUGACGGAGCUCAAGCUCAUCAUCCUCAAGCACCUGCCCGUCCUGGUGUUCAACGCGAGCAAGGAGUUUGAGGAGGAAGACUCGGCCAUCACAUCCAUCUACUACGACAACCCGGACACGUGGGAGCUGUACGAGGGCCGGCUCAAGAAGACGGAAGGCGCCGAGGCCAUCCGGCUGCGCUGGUACGGCGGCAUGCAGAACGAGACCGUCUUCGUCGAGCGCAAGACGCACCGGGAGGACUGGACGGGCGAGAAGUCGGUCAAGGCGCGCUUCUCGCUCAAGGAAAAGAACGUGAACGCCUUCAUGCGGGGCGAGCUGCUCCCGGCCGCCAUCUUCGAGAAGGCACGCAAGGAGGGCAAGAAGUCGGAGAAGGCCAUUGCCGAGGACGAGAGGCUGGCCCGCGAGAUCCAGUGGUCCGUCCUCAAGAAGGGCUACAAGCCGGUGUGCCGGUCCUUCUACCACCGCACCGCGUUCCAGCUGCCCGCCGACGCGCGCGUGCGUAUCUCUCUCGACACGGAGCUCACCAUGAUCCGUGAGGACAACCUGGACGGGACGAGGAGGUCGGGGGACAACUGGCGCCGCAUGGACAUUGGCGUCGACUACCCCUUCUCCCAACUCCCUCCCGGAGAUAUCGUCCGGUUUCCCUACGCCAUCCUCGAGGUCAAGCUGCAGACCCAGCUCGGCCAGGAACCGCCGGAGUGGGUGCGCCAGCUGACCUCGAGCCAUCUCGUCGAAGCGGUGCCCAAGUUUAGCAAGUUCAUCCACGGCGUCGCCUCCCUCUUCCCCGACAGGAUCCACCUGCUCCCGUACUGGAUGCCCCAGAUGGACGUCGACAUUCGCAAGCCCGUGACGCACGAUUUCGGCAUCAAGAGGCUCGAGAACUCGGCGACCACGUCGAUCUCGGAAGACGAAGACGACGACGACGACGACGACGACUACGACUCGGACGACGACCAACGGCCGGUGACCUCGACCGGCCAGACGGGGGAGUCUGCCGGCGCAUCGAUUACCGCUGUUAGGAACGGCCGCGCGGCGGGCUCGACGGCGGCCGAUGUCGAGGACCAGACGGUCGACCGGCCGCCCCCGGGCGAGGACACGUACCUGUACGAUUCCGAAGACGAGGACGACGAGGACAGGCUGGAAGAGGCGCGGCGCGUCGGCGGCUGGACGUAUUACCGGACGCGCAUGUCGACGUCGCUGAACGCGGCCGCGCGGGGCACCUGGUGGCUGCUCAAGGCGCUGGUGCCGCGCCCGCGGGCCACCGAGAUGCCCCGCAGCGCCAGGCUCGAGUCGCUCCUGGGAACGGGAGAGAUUCAGCAGAGGCGGUUCAAGGCGCCCAAGGGGAAGAAGAUAUAUGUUCCCGUGCGCGUGGAACCGAAGGUCUACUUUGCGGCCGAGAGGACCUUCUUAGGAUGGCUGGAAUACUCCAUCUACAUCGGCACCAUCGCCGUGACGCUGCUCAACUUCAGCACCGAGCAGGGCAACAAGCUGUCGUUUGUCGCGGCGGGCGCGUUUACGGUGCUAGCCUUGCUGUCGCUGGGCUAUUCGGUGGCCAUCUACCUGUACCGGAGCCGUGCCAUCCGCGAGCACAGGGUGGCGCGGUACUAUGACAAGGUGGGGCCGACCGUGCUGUGCGUCGCGCUAUUUGUGGCGGUCGCGCUGAAUUUUGCGUUUGAGGGAAAGAAGAGGGAGUUGUGGUAGUUCAUAGGAUGCCGGGCGCGGGUCGCCAACCUUCAUAUACGUCCGUAUAAUCGCAUGGCAUAGUCCUGGUGUAGUAGGUCUGGUCCUUUUCGGGUAGCUGUUUUGGGCAAAGCAGGGGAAAGCAAGGGGGCAUUCACUCAGGGGUUCAUCUGCAUCCGAGUAUGUAUG